AAGCCGACCACGCCAUGAGGUGCAUUUCCCGCCAACGAGGGUAACACCUACGUGAUGAUUUUCGGCGGCAAACAAUCGUGAACAGAUCCUCGGGAUGUUCUCACGUUGGUGAUGAGAUUCGUUGGUUAUUGGGAGAAAUUGUGGAUUUUUCUGUGUGAGUUCAAGUGAGUUCCAGCCAACCCUCUGGCUUUUCAUUCAGUCUUCAGGUGAUUAUCGUCAACUUGGAUUUUGUUUUGUUUUUGGGGGAUCCAAGGGAAAAAAUGCUGAGUGUGACGACGGCGACGGUUCACAGGGCUAUGUGCCCUGGAACACCUCAGAAUCCUGGAUCAGAUCGAAAGGAGAGAUCUUGGAGUUGCGACUACGAUGGAAUCUCAAAGCGCCGGAGAGCGUCAUCAUCAAGAAAAAAUCUGUCCCUUCAUCUGAGUGAUCCCUUGGAACUAAACAUUGAGGUCUCGAGUCACCCAAUUUUCCCGAAGAGAACUCCAAAGUCCAAGAUCCCCACCCCCAAGGUCCAAUCCUGUUCUAUCAACACUUCAAAGUCUCGAAAACAUUCUGUGGCUGUAUUAAAAGAGGAAAUCACUCCCUCACACAGUCUCUGCUUCAAUCCCCUGUACAAAGAGGCGUCACGAAAAGCAGAAGAGAUCUCAAAUCCCUCGAAACGCCCUGAUGACGAGAUUUCCCAGGCUGCCCCAUUGACCGAAUCCCCAGAUAUUCCCCCCGAGGAAGACGUUAAUAAAGAACCCGAAGAGAAACAAAAUGAAGAAAAAAUUCCAACCGAGGAAAUUACCGAAGCAACUGAUGCGAAUCCCUCGCCAAAGGACGAGCCCCUCCUCAGCAGCUCGCCCCACCCUGCAACAGGUGGAAAACGCAAACGAGAAUCAGAAUCUCGUCUGUCUCUAGCCCUGAAGCUCCUGAAAUCGACUGACGACGAUGCAAAUUACUCUCAACGUAGACCAGACCUGGACUCAACCGUGGACGAGCCAGAGGACAAGACAGUGAUACCCCAGCCGACCCCAGAGGACGUCGUGGAUCCCCAGCUGCACGAUGACAACUGGAACACUGAAGACAACUGGAAUAAACUCCAGCAGGAGCAGCAGUGGGAAUACAAUCAGCAGGACAACUGGGUGAUACCUUACGACGACCAUCAGGAGAUCUGGCAGAAUUCCCAGUCGAAUAAUUGGACUAAUUGGGAUGAUGGAAGUGCUCCAACUCCUGCAGACGGUGUCUUCGAGCAGGUACACCCUGAGGAGCCAUACUACAUGACAGGUUUUCCAAAUCCACCAGCUGAAAAUCGUUGCUGGCUCAAUGCCACUCUCCAGACAAUAUUUGCCUUACCCCUGUUGGAUCACCUGGGUAAUCUAGACAUGACCAAGUGCUCGAAACUCACUAAAACCCUGAUGGCCAUUCAGCUAUUCUGGAAGAAGGGACCAGCUGACAAGGACAUGACGUAUCAAACAGUCGCGCGAUUUAAAUCCCAACUUGAUAUCCUGGACGACUCGUACUCGUCCUAUCGUCAGCAGGACGUCUCUGAGUUCCUGAUGAAACUCCUGAAUCACGUGAAGACCGACUGCGAGAAAAUUAUCAAAGAGAUGAAGAGCUCAGAGCAAGAAGUGGAGACUGAGAACGUACCUGAGGCCUCGAGUGUUGUCAAGCACCAGAGAUCACCUCAGACGUCGACAAAACGAUCUCCUCUCACCCAGAUCUCCCCAUUCAAGAGUAGAAACUCUAGUGAAGCAAUAGAGGGCUCUUUGCCCAGCCCAAAGCCCCAGGAGUCACAGGAGCUCGAGGAGUCGAUUCAGAAUCCCAUCGACGAGUUCUUCCUUCUUCCUAUGAUGGAGCACUACGUCUGCCAGAACUGCAGGAAACAUCGACAGAGGAAUAUCGAUAAUAUGAUGCUCUAUGUCGAUCUGCCUGAUAACGGGAGUGAUCCCAUCGAACUCGCUGCUGCCAUCAGCAAAACCCUUGAGCCUGAGGACAGAACUCUCACCUGUGGCAAGUGCAAGUGCGAGGAGCACAAGCUCUACACGACAUUCAGAAAAUCACCGAAUGUUCUCAUUGUUCAGAUAAAUCGGUAUGGAAUGAGUGAUGGAUUUGUGGCGAAGAUGAACUCGAUCGUUCAUAUUCCUGAGGAAUUGGAGAUCAGCAGUGAGGAAAGUAUCAAUGAAGAGAAAUCACCACAGAAAUUUGUACCGAUCUGCACUAUUGCACAUGUGGGAAGUGCUAUGGAUUGUGGACACUACACGAGUUAUGUGAAGCAUGGGGACCAGUGGUUUUAUUAUAAUGACAUGAGUGUCACUCCGAUGUCCACCAGUGAAGCCCUGACUGCUGCCCAAACCACUGCCUAUCUCGUAUUUUUUGUCAAUGUUGAUAUUCUCAACAAGUCAUCGAACACUGGAGAUGUCACGACUGAUGAAGUGUCACGAUAACAUUUUUUGUUUUUGUUUUUUUUUUCUUCUUUUUUGAUGAUUGAUCAUCUCAAUUUUGCAAUUUAUACUGGUCCCCUGGACUUCCUGGACUUUAGGAUUCAAUUGAAUUGCGUCCUAAGGACGAUUAUCUGCACUUGAAGGUGUACGCACUUUAUGUUUUGUGUCUACGCAAUUAUUCGGGGGGGGAGACGCCGUUUGUAUUUUCAAAACGCUUUGGCAUUUAAUUAUUUAGGGAUACGUGUAUAUAUUUUCUAUUGGAAAACCGAGGAUUUUUAAGGAUUAGUGUUCUCAGAGAGUCAUUGUAUUUUUCUGUGUGUAAUUAAAGAAGUUUA